UUGGUCUGGAAGAGUGAUUUCAAUCAAAAGAUCCAAGCUUUAGUGAAAGAAAAAGAAAAUGAAAAUCUAGUGUGAUGUUUGUGAAAGAGCACAAGCAACAGUGAUAUGUUGUGCAGAUGAGGCUGCACUUUGUGCUAAAUGUGACAUUGAAGUUCAUGCAGCUAACAAGCUUGCAAGCAAGCACCAAAGGCUUCUCCUUCAGUGCCUUUCCAACAAGCUUCCUCCUUGUGAUAUUUGCCAGGACAAAGCAGUUUUCAUCUUUUGUGUUGAAGAUAGAGCCCUUUUCUACCGUGAUUGCGACGAACAGAUCCAUCCUGUCGGUAGCCUUGCCGCGAACCACCAAAGGUUCCUCGCCACCGAAAUCUGAGUCGCCUUGAGUUCGAGUUGCAAUAAAAAGACUGAAAACAAUGUGUUGGAGCCACCCAACAAGAGUGCACCUCAGACUUCAAUGAAAACGCCGCAACAUCAGCACUCAAGCUUUGCUUCCCAAUGGGCUGUUGAUGAUCUGUUAGAACUCUCGGACAUUCAAUCUCUAAACAAGAAAGAGCAGUUUGAGCUUGGAGAGCUUGAAUGGCUGGCAGACAUUGGUCUUUUCGGUGAUCAAUUGCCUCAGGAGGCUUUAGCACAUACCGACCUACCCAUGCCUCUUAAGAAGCCUAGAAUCGAGAUCCCAGACGAUGACGACGAGUACUUCAUGGUCCCUGAUCUAGGAUGAGGUUGUAUGCGAUGUGAUCAAAC